ACUAUUAAAGUACAAGCACAUUUGGAUUUUUACUCUAUUUACCCCUAUUAAAAAAGCUUUCUUUUGUAUUCAUUAAUGACAUUUUGGACAUUCUGCAUUGGUUUCUUUUUAAUUGUUUUUGGUUUGUCAUUAACCACCGGUUUCCUAAUUCAAUUUUGGUAUGUGAUUAUUCCGUGUUUGAUACUGCAUCAUUUUAAUAUUUUUCCAACCGGACAUGUUUGAAACUGCAUCGUUUUUUCUCAAACUAUUUAAUAGUUUGGUUUUAAACCGCUUUUCCUAAAUAUAAUCCCAACUAUCUAACAAAAAUUAUUUAUAAAAAAUAAAAAUUGUUUAUUGGUUCAACCAGUGGUUCAACCGGUAACUGGAUUUCGAUUUUAGUAGUUUUUAUUGGAUUUUUAAAUUUUGUUUUUUUUUUCAAACCCAAAUUGAAUUUAUCUUUGAUCAACCGGUAAUCCGUUCAACCGCAGGUCUCAGUCGAAUUUCAAAACACCGAUCAAAACUAUAAAACUGUUAUAUUGAUUUAUAUUUAAAAUAUCUAAUUCAAAAUUAAAAACCUAAAAAUACAUGUAUAAUAUAGUUUUACCGAACAUAAAUCUGGAUAUAAAAUACAUAUAUGAGACGGAUUAUAUAAAUACAUAUACAAGAUAAAUGUGAUUAUAUAAAAUUUUCACCAAACAUAAAUCCGCGCUUUGAAAGCGCGGGUCAAAAUCUAGUUACUCAAUUAAGUCACAGGAGUCCGACAAGAGCUGCUGUCAGAACCCAAAAACAUGCCGGAGAGAUAAACCAUCACCGCAAUCUCUCUCUCCCCAUGGUCGUUUUCCCAAAAUCGCUGUCACCCAAACACGUCCUCAAGCUCCUAAAAUCGGAGAAGAACCCUCGCGCCGCCUUCACACUAUUCGACACAGCGACUCGCCACCCAAACUACGCGCACUCCGCCCCCGUCUUCCACCACAUCCUCCGACGACUCGCCGAUGCUCGUAUGGUCACCCACGUCUCCCGCGUCGUCGAUCUCAUCAAAUCGCAAGAAUGCAAGUGCGACGAGGACGUCGCGUUGUCAGUCAUAAAAACCUACGGGAAGAACUCGAUGCCCGACCGAGCCCUCGACGUGUUCCAACGGAUGUCGGAGAUCUUCGGGUGCGAGCCUGGGAUACGGUCGUAUAACUCCUUACUAAGUGCCUUCGUGGAGGCGAGACAAUGGGAGAGAGUCGAGUCCUUGUUCGCUUACAUCGAGACAGCGGGGUUGGUGCCUAAUCUGCAGACGUAUAAUGUUCUGAUUAAGAUGUCGUGUAAGAAGAAGCAGUUCGAGAAGGCGAAAGGGCUUCUGGAUUGGUUGUGGGAAGAGGGUUUGAAGCCUGAUGUGUUAAGCUACAGCACUGUGAUCAACGAGGUUGUUAAAGCUGGAGACUUGGACGAUGCGUUGAAGGUGUUCGACGAAAUGUCUGAGAGAGGAGUGGCGGCUGAUGUUACUUGCUAUAACAUUUUAAUCGAUGGGUUUCUCAAGGGAAGAGAUCACAGCAAGGCUAUGGAGCUCUGGGAGAGAUUGCUGGAGGAUGCUUCUGUUUAUCCGAAUGUUAAGACUCAUAACAUAAUGAUUAGUGGUUUGAGCAAGUGCGGGAGGGUAGAUGAUUGCGUCAAGAUAUGGGAGAGGAUGAAAGAGAAUGAGAGGGAGAAAGAUUUGUUUACUUAUAGUAGUAUGAUACAUGGGCUGUGUGGAGUGGGGAGUGUUGAUCAGGCUGAGAGUGUGUUUACAGAGUUGGUGGAAAGUAAGGUAUUUAUAGAUGUGGUUACAUACAAUACAAUGCUUGAUGGGUUUUGCCGCUGUGGGGAAAUCAAGAAGAGUUUGGAGUUAUGGAGAGUCAUGGAGCAGAAGAGUUCAGUUAACACAGUGAGUUAUAACAUUUUGAUAAAAGGGUUGUUGGAGUAUGGUAAGAUAGAUGAAGCAACGAUGAUUUGGAAGCUUAUGCCUGCGAAGGGAUACACAGCGGAUAAUAUAACGUAUGGCGUUUAUAUACAUGGGUUGUGCGUGAAUGGUUAUGUAAAUAAAGCCUUGGGGGUGAUGAAAGAAGUCGAGAGCAGAGGUAAGCAUCUGGAUGUUUAUGCAUAUUCGUCGGUUAUAAACUUUUUGUGCAAAGAGAGAAGACUAGAAGAAGCGUCAGAUUUGGUUAAAGAGAUAAGCAAACAUGGCGUGGAGCUUAACUCUCAUGUCUGUAACGCAUUAAUGAGUGGUUUAAUCCGAGACUCGAGGCUUGGUGAUGCUUCUUUUCUGCUGAGAGAGAUGGCGAAAAACGGUUGUCCUCCCACUGUUGUGUCUUAUAACAUUCUUAUCGACGGCUUGCGUAAAGCAGGAAAGUUUGGUGAAACAUCAGCUGUUGUGAGAGAAAUGCUUGAAAACGGAUGGAAACCAGACCUUAGAACAUAUAGUUCACUGUUAGGAGGUCUUUGUGACGAUGGGAAGAUCGACUUGGCUCUUGACUUGUGGCACCAGUUUCUUCGAAAAGGUCAAAAGCCUGAUAUGACCAUGCAUAACAUUCUAAUCCACGGUCUGUGCUCUGCUGGGAAACUUGACGAUGCGAUGAAACUCGCGGCGGAGAUGGAGCAUCGGAACUGCGUUGCGAAUCUUGUGACAUACAACACGUUGAUGGAAGGAUGUUUCGUAGUUAGAGACAGUAACAGCGGCAUGGUGAUUUGGGGUUACAUGUACAAGAAAGGGUGGCAACCUGAUGUUAUAUCUUACAAUACUGUACUGUCAGGGUUGUGUAUGUGCGGCAGAGUUAGGCACGCUAUUGAGUUCUUUGACGAUGCUCGAAAACAUGGCAUUUCCCCAACCGUUGUCACCUGGGACAUACUCGUUAGAGCUGUCGUGAACUGCUAACUUAAUGAAUGUUAAAGGAAAGCUUAAUAUGUUGCAUAUUACUGUCGUCUAGGAGCUCAGGUAGCUAUCUGUGAUAAAGGUCGGGAAUGCUCCUCCAUUAUUUACCGUGGAGCGACUUUUAGUUUUGAAGGUUGUGUUGUGUGAUGUAUCAGUGCUUGGAAGUGUCAGGAGGUAAUCACAGUAUAUUAUACAUACAUCACAAAGCAUUUUGGGUGACUUGUAAUUGAUAUGAGUAAAACAUCAAUGAGAUGGAUUAUACAUGCAUCACAAGAACUUUGGUGACUUGCACUGGUUUGAAUGAUUUUGAGUAAACAUCAUUGAGAUCUGAUGCAAAAGCGAAACUGUAGCUUUAUGUAACAAACCAAAAGUGAUAAGUUUCCCACUUUGGGUCAUGUCACAUUGAUUUAUUUCGACUGAUACAGAGUCCAAUCAUCUGCAUCUCUCGUUCAUUCCUUUAUCUGAUAACAAUGUCCUAGC